AUGCAUUACGGUAAAGAAGACGGCAGUUCUGUGAUUGGGAGUAGCAGGAACGUGGGAUCAAAUAAGGCUCCACAGGCCCUCGGUGACGACUUGAAGCAUGUUGAAAGUCUUGGGGCUUUGGAAAAAUCAAAGAGUCCUCGAAGUCUGAAAAGCUUUCGAGCAAAUGUCCAAAAACAUUGGCGCCGAUUCUGGUGUUGCUAUCUCGUGGCGGCUAUAAUUUUCUUGGCCAUAUUAUUACCGGUUUUCUUCUUAGUUGUGAUCCCAGCAGUUGCCCAGCGGAUCCUUAACGACACAGAUCUUCCCGUCCAUUCGGCUCAAAUUCUGGAUCCCAAAGUCAGCCAAGUAUCAUUCACACUCGAUACGUCUUUGAAUGUCCCGAUGGGGCUUCGGAUUCGUACCGACCCCAUUAGUUUGAGUCUCUUCCAUCGAGACGUGCAGCCGAUGCAGCCAUAUCUGGUUGUUAAUCUACCAUCAUAUAGCCUGAAAGGAAACACAAACAUGACGGUCACACAAAAUAAUACCGAUAUCUUGAAUGAAGAUCAAUUCAUCAAGACUCUCACACAAGCUGUGUAUAGCAAGCGGUUCACAAUGUCGGCCAAGGGAUCAACCGUUGGCCAUCUCGGUGCCCUCAAUGCCCCUUUGACAAUUGACAAAGACAUCGAGCUGGACGGACUCGAUAAGCUGAGUGGAUUCUCCAUAGACUCUGCAAGAGUCCUACUGCCCAAAGAGGCGGAUGGUACCAACUUGGUGGGAGAGGCGACCUUGCCAAAUCAUUCUGUCUUCACAUUCGCAUUGGGCAAUGUGACCUUAAACUUGAUGAGCUCGGGUUUGAUCAUCGGCCAAGCCACCAUUCUGAACGUGAUUCUUAAGCCUGGGAAUAACACGGUCGCCUUGAGAGGACGUAUGGAGAUUGCCACGGUUUUAGAAAACCUUUCGGAGAUCUUGGUUGCACAAAUGGAUGCCUUAGUGGAUGGCGAGCUCGAGCUCUCGGCUUCUGGCAACUCCACCAUCUAUAAUGGAGUUCACAUCAAGUACUACGAACAGGUCCUUAACAACCUUACUAUCCUGACUCGCGUACCAAUUCUUGAAAUCUUGGGGGGCACCUUACAAGGGUUACUUAACGAUACUGACUCCUCGUUGGGGAAAAUUUUGCAAAACGUCACCCAGAUUCUUGGGAAUGUUUCCAGCUCUAGCGAUACAUCUACCAUUGCUCGAUCGCUAAGAGCCCUUGUAUAA